AACCUUACUUUGCAAGAGAGCUAGAGGGUGACUGGAGCGAGACACACAAUGUUCCAACAGAUUUGGAAGUAACACACGCAUCAGCCUGUAGCCUGCAAUCUUCUUAGUCCUGACUUAAAUAUCAUCUUGCAAUUUAGAGUCGUUUCGGGACUUACUCUGGACAUUUGUGCUGCUGAGAAUAGUUUUGAGCACCCGCAUCAUGGAGUACACCUCUUCCCCAAAGCCUCAGCUGUCUUCUAGGGCGAAUGCUUUCUCCAUAGCCGCACUCAUGUCAAGUGGGAAACCGAAGGACAAGGAGUCGGAGGGAAAUACCAUCAAGCCGCUGGAACAAUUCGUGGAGAAGUCGUCGUGCCAUCCAAACCUCGCAGACCUGCCUUCGCUGGAAACCCACGGCGACUUCAGCAGCGGCGGCGGCGGCGCUCCGUUAUGUACCGAGCCGCUCAUUCCUACGAGCCCCGGCGUGCCCAGCGAGGAGAUGGCCAAGAUCUCCUGCAGCCUCGAGACGAAAGAACUGUGGGACAAAUUCCACGAACUCGGCACGGAAAUGAUUAUCACAAAAUCUGGAAGGCGAAUGUUUCCGACAAUUCGUGUAUCAUUUUCCGGAGUGGAUCCGGACGCCAAAUAUAUCGUACUAAUGGACAUCGUUCCGGUGGACAAUAAGAGAUAUCGAUAUGCCUAUCAUAGAUCCUCGUGGCUUGUGGCGGGAAAGGCAGAUCCACCUUUACCUGCUAGGUUGUACGUGCAUCCAGAUUCACCAUUUACAGGAGAACAGCUAUUGAAACAAAUGGUUUCUUUCGAAAAAGUGAAGCUUACAAACAACGAACUGGAUCAGCACGGACACAUCAUCCUGAACUCCAUGCACAAGUACCAACCACGAGUUCAUAUCAUCAAGAAGAAAGAUCACACAGCAUCACUUCUUAAUCUAAAGUCUGAGGAGUUUCGUACUUUUGUCUUCACUGAGACAGUUUUCACUGCGGUCACUGCUUACCAGAACCAGCUGAUAACCAAACUGAAGAUUGACAGCAACCCUUUUGCCAAAGGCUUCAGAGACUCCUCCAGACUCACGGAUAUUGAGAGGGAAAGUGUUGAGAGCUUGAUCCACAAGCACUCUUACGCCCGGUCGCCCAUUCGGACUUUUGCUGGUGAUGAGGACACCUUGGGUGAAGAUGGGCACUUGGCACACAGUAGAGGUUCAGCAUUCACAGCAUCGGACAACCUCUCCCUCAGCUCCUGGGUUACCUCCACGUCUGGCUUCUCUGGCUUUCAGCACCCUCAGUCUCUGUCUGUCAUCGGAACCAGCACAGCGUCCCUGGCCAGUCCUCUUCCUCACCACAUCCAGGGCUCUCUACCUCCUUACAGUCGACUGGGCAUGCCUCUCACCCCAUCCGCCCUGGCCGGCUCCAUGCAGGGCAGCGGGCCGACCUUCCCCUCCUUCCACAUGCCACGCUACCACCACUAUUUCCAGCAGGGGCCCUACGCCGCCAUCCAGGGACUGCGCCAUUCUUCCACAGUCAUGACCCCGUUCGUAUGAUUCCUGCCACUUCAGCCUUAUAAGAUUUCCCAAUCACCGGCAUGCGAAGACAUACGGCACCCAUACACACAUGCUUACACUAAAGGAAGAACCACAUGUAAAUAAUAUUGACUGACACGGCAUUGACUAACGACCCGGACAUGCUGCAUCUUGCAGUUGUGCUGGAGAAAAAGUGAACGAAAAGCCCAACGGACACGGAUUCUUGUAAAACAGAACUUCAAGCAUGAGUUUUUAGUGUUGAUAAGAGACUCCAAGAUCCGAAUUCAUCUGCAGAUGUGUUAAUGCUACCUUUAAAGGCAUAGUUCACCCAAAAAUGAAAAUUCUGUCAUUAUUUAA